ACAGAUUUGGAUACAGCAUUUAACUUUUUGCGAGCUUUGUCAAGAUUAAGAAAAAGCAUAAUGAAAGUGUUUAUUCUUAUUACGUUUCUUGUUGCGGCAUCGCCCAACUGGAUGGAUAUGAGCAAUGGAUCUCUUAUAAGAAUUCCUCUGAAGAAACAAGUUAACAAUGAAGAACAAGGAUUGCGUGAUCUGGUAAGAAGUGGACUCCAUAGGAAAUUUAGAAAAGAUGGAAAAGUGCCUUUAAUUAAUAUGAAUAAUGUUGGCGGAAUUUUAGUAAAGAACCAAAUGUUCGGCGAAACAACUAAAGAAAUUGGUAAUUUUCCUGCUAACUGGGAUGGUAUUUUAGGAGCUGCCAAUGGCGAUAAAGGAGAACUUUUGCUCGGUGGAUCAGAUCCAAAAUAUUACAAAGGGGAGUUCACCUAUGUACCAGUAUCAAAAGAAGGCGAGUGGCAAGUAACUGCAGAUGGUAUUUCUUUGGGCGACCAACGUUUAUCUUCAGGCGAAUGUGAAGUUGUUGUGGAUACUGGUACUUCUAUUAUCUAUGGACCAGGACAGUAUAUUGAUAUUAUUCGCAAGAAAAUCGAAGCAAAACUGGUUGAUUGCUACGCUAACAACGAAACAUGCUACGUCAUUGAUUGUAAUACCAAUUUAAACGAUCUUCCUGAUCUAGUAUUUUCUUUUGGAGGCAAACAGUUUAACAUGCCUGCUAAAACAUAUAUAAUAAAAGAGAAUGGUUUGUGCAUACCCACUUUCGAAAAGCAGUGGGAGGAUUAUUGGCUGGUAGGAGACACGUUUCUGAGAACAGUGUACACCGAAUUCGAUUUCGAGCAAAAGCGGAUUGGAUUCGCAAAAAUUGCAGAUGUAAAUUUAUAAACAAUUAAUAAUAAAUCAUAUUUUUUAAGAA